AUGAAUACAUUAUCAAAUAAUAAACAACUUUGGAAAAUUAAACAUUUAAUUGAAAUUCGUCCAAUAAGUUUUCCGAAUGGAGAGCCGGGGCCUGAAGAUGUUUAUAAUUUAGAGGUAAUGGCAGACGGUAGAUGUAUUAUUGAUGAAAAUUUGGCAGACCCAAGAAAUGUUCAAUUAUUAGACCCAACCAAACAAUUUACAAAAAAUUAUUUAAUGUCUAAAUUGAGAAGUAAAGAUGCUCGUUUAAAAGAAAUUUAUGAGGAUACUGUUUACAAUCCUGAAAAUAUUUCUAUUUGUUGA